AUGUCCGACGACAACCUCGAUCUCAUGAAAACCUAUACCAUCAGUCUCUUCCUGGAGAGCAUAUUCUUUGGGGUCUACCUCGUCUCCUUCGUACUCUGUAUGCGCUACCUCAUUUGGGAACGAUGUCCAGAAUUCAAGCUGAACAAAACGCCCAACUGGAAAUUCAUCAUCAUUACUGUUUUAUUACAGGUUCUUACGGCUAUACACGUCUCGUGUGCCCUCGCAAGAAUUCUUCGAGCUCCAGACUCCGAAAGGAACUGGGUAAACAUUAUCGCGUCUACGGGGAUCGGUUUAGCUGUAGUUACUAUCGAUGCAAUCCUGAUAUACCGUUGCUGGAUCAUUUACAUGAAACAAUGGAUCAUCAUAGUCAUGCCUGUUCUCUUAUGGACUGGUAGUGUAGCGAUAACGAUCUAUUCAAUAGUAGAGCAAGUGAGGUAUCACCCUCAGGGUCCACCUUCUCGUGAUACCACACAGCGACCGGGCUCACACGCUCGACAUUGGGUCAUUUUUCUUGCCCUGACGAUCGUCCAAAAUAUUCUCACAACUGCUCUCAUUGCAUGGCGAAUCACCAUUAUCGACCGUGAAUCAUCGCAGUACCGAAUUCUAAGCAGAGUAUCCCGAUAUCAACGUUCUGUCAGGCUAAUCAUUGAAUCGGGUGCUCUAUGCACUCUAGCUGCUUGUCUAGCGUUCAUCACAUUUCUUGCCGGCGGAAAGUUUGGACUCAUCGCUGCUGAUCUCGAAAUCCAGCUCGUGUCCAUCGCUUUUAACCUCAUUAUAAUCAGAUCCGCUAACCGACCUGACGAGUACUGUCUAUCCCCAGCUUCUACCGGAUCUGUCAGGCUACAUGAAUUAUUCAAGCGAUCUCAGCAAUCAAUACUAGCGACGAGCAGUGCGGCCGAAUCAAAUAUACUGCCAAAACCUGUAGAGGUUUGCAUCAUAAACGAGGUACUCGAAUCACGAGACGGUCAACGUGAAACUAUUAAAGCAUAG